UGGUGAUACAGGAAUCGAGAUGAGCUGCUUUCGUCGGUAUUGUUAGACACUAGAAGUUCUCUUCUGUGCCGUAAUACUCGGUGAUUGAGGCACAAACCUCAGCCCUCGGAAGAAGCAGGCAAGAGCUACAGAUAUGUGCUCAGAAUGAGACAGUCUUAGCAAAACCAUGCCACCAAUUCGUCAAACUCUUGGAUAAGCGUUUGUUACUCUUCCUGGUCGUGCAUAGAUGCUUCUUUGAUAUUCUUUGCCAAAUGACCAGGACUGGAAUUGUCCACGUCACCCAUUAUUUUCGGACCUGGUAUCAUCACCAAACGCAGCGAAUCGCUCACGACUUCCACCGUCAGUUUGAUUUUCCCUCAACAUGGCUCCAGCAAACGUGGACUUGGCCGUCUCAAUACCUACCUUCAUUGGAUCUGUCUUGUCCGCUCUGUUUACAUUUACCGUUCUAAUUUUACACUUUAUUUCUCCACCUCGACGCCGGCAUGUCCGACAUGCGCUCAUUGUCAAUCUUCUUUUAUCCGACUUUGUCGACAUGGUUAAUAAUACUGUAACUGGUCUCCUAGUACUAAAGUAUGGCACGCUUGACCAGGUCAUUCCUUCAGGAGGAUGUACCAUGAAUGCGUGGGUGGGCCAGCUCACAGUACAAACGACGGAUUUCAAUAUCUUAUUCAUCUCGAUAACGGUACUGCUUACGGUAAACAAGAAUCAUCUGCUGCAAGAUUCUUCGUUACGACGUAUUGUUGCAGUAUGUUUAUGUGCAUGGAUACCAGGCGUCAUCACGAGUAUGUCAUUCACUAGGUACUCCAGACGCAGGAAGUUGCACACUAACGCUAGAUUAGGCUUCACCGCCUUGGGUUUGCAUGUAUAUGGUCCAGUAGGUGGUAAUUGGUGCUGGAUUGAGAAGAAGUACCCGGUGUAUCGCUGGGCUUUAUCCUUUGGAUGGCGCCUCUUGAUAUUCUUCUUGACGGUCGGCAUCUACACAGCCAUUUAUGUCAAACUGAGACGAUUAUUCGGCCGCUUUCGAUUUUCGGACGACUCGACAGAAGCUGUCACUACAGCCCGGACACAAACAGUAUUAUCCAACGAAGACCAAAAGGGUCCAACUGAGCAGUUUGUUAUGAAGACGACAUCAUUUACGAUUACACACGACCUAGAGGAUAAUCGAGGCUUGGCGAGCGAUUCGUCGUCAACAGCACCAAUCAACGACCGAAACGAUGGGGUUGAUGAUCUGAACUUCCCGUCUUCACAUAACGUAGUUGUCGGGGGAGGCAAUACUGAAGGCUUGAAAGAACCGGACGUGCGUACUGAAUCGCUACGGCUUCCGGCACCACCAAACCUGCGGCGUAUGCUGUUGUUGAACGGUUAUCCGCUCGGCUACCUCAUUCUUUGGACACCUGGGAUUGUGAAUCGAUUGAUUGAGAUACGGGGUGGCACCUUGCCAAGCUGGUUCAAUGCUCUCUUGGCUUCUUCGCAGUAUAUUGGCUUGGUACACGCUGUCACUUAUGGCUAUAACGAGCAGAUCGGGCGUACUCUCCGAUCUUGGACCAAUUUUCGGCGAAAAGCCCAAAGGCUUGGUGAAUGGGAGAUCCGAGGGUCACAAUAACCUGGACUUUCAAACGGAUUUUGACAGCCUUCAGAGAAUUAACGAGUCGGUAUAUAUCAUCUACAUUUCCUUAGGUGAUGGAAAUUUAUUUUACUUAAUAUCAAGUGUAAAAUCAACUUGUCAGAGCCAUUCUAUUCCAUUAUCUUCACAGCAUAGGAUCUUCUCUCUCGACCGUGGUUCUCGAGGGUCUGGGCACUGCAGGAGGCAUCACUAUCGACAAAACCUAUCGUAGUUUGCGGCACCUCGCAUCUCGGUUUCAAUUUUGUUCUAAUGGCAGGCG